GGCACGCAUGCGCGGCGGUGGCGGGACCCCUGUCAGACGGUUGGACGCGGCGCCCGUGUCCCGCCAUGGCCCGCAGCUCCGAGGUGCAACUGCCGCCGCUGCGCACGCUCGACGACUUCGUCUGCAGCUCGGCCCGCUUCAGCUUGCCGGACCUGAAGGACCCGCUGCGCUGGAACAACCGGGUGAUCAACAACCUGCUCUACUACCAGACCAAUUAUCUGGCAACGGUCGGCGCCAUUCUCCUGCUGGUCGGGUACGUGGAGCCUGUGAAGACGGUGCUGGGCGGUGCGCUGGUCUCCCUGCUGUUCCUGGCCUUUGUCUGGUCAGCGGAGAACAAGGCGGUGAUCCGGAGGCUGCGAAGGAACCACCCGAGCGGGUGCCUGCUGGCCGUGUUGCUGCUCACCUACUGCCUGCUGUCCCUGGUCGGGGGGGUCGCUGUCUUCCUCUUCGGGAUCACCUUCCCCAUGCUCCUCAUUCUGGUCCAUGCAUCGCUGCGACUCCGGAAUCUGAAGAACAAAAUCGAGAACAAGAUCGAGAACAUUGGCCUGAAACGGACUCCCAUGGGCAUUCUGUUGGAAGCUCUGGGUCAGGAGCAGGAGGCUGGAUCCUAGAGCACGCACACACACGCGCGCACACUCGCACACACACAUACACAAUCCCAGAGAGCGAAUGGGGAAGGAAGCUGCCCAAUCCUCACGCUGCUCUCUGUCACACUCACUGCCAAUCUCCCAGCAUGUCUUGCACAUUCCCCUGCAGCCCUCUCCGCACACACACACACUCACACACACACAUGGGCACACGCACACACUCGCGCACACAUGCACACACUCGCGCACGUGCACACAGACACUCGCGCACAAUCCCGCGCACACUCGCGUGCUUGCACACACGCACACACACUGACACUCGCGUGCGCGCGCACACACACUGACACCCAUGCGCACACACUCGCACACACUCCCGCACACACACUGACACUCAAGCACACACACUGACACGCACACACGCACGCGCCCACACUGACACUCGCGCACACACGCUGACACUCAUGCACACUCCCGCACACACUCGCGCGCGCGCGCACACACACACUGACACUCGCGCGCACACUCCCACACACUGACACUCGCGCGCACACUCGCACACACACCCUCACGCGUGCGCGCACACGCACUGGCACUCAUGCACACUCCCACACAUACUCGCACGCGCGCGCUCACACACACACACUGACACUCGCGCACACUCCCACGCACACUCGCGCGCGCACGCACACACACACACUGACACUCGCGCACACUCCCACACACACUCGUGCACACACUCACGCACACACACUCGCGCGCGCGCACACACACACACACACUGACACUCGCGCGCGCACACACCCCCCUUCCACCUUCCCUGGGUCCAAAGGGCGAGAGGACAUUGGUUCAGUAGCUCUCCCUCUGUCUCCAGUGUCUGUCUGUCCCUGGUAGUUUUCACGCUCUGUAAACCUUCUUACCAGGAUACGCUGAACUCUCUCCCUGUGGCUGACCCUCUCACCUUCCUCUGUACAUAACCCUGUGCUGUAUCUGUUUGAUGAGGACCAUGUAGAGGGAGCUUUACUCUGUAUCUAAUCCAAUGAUGUCCCUGUCUGGGCAGUGCUUGGCUCUAGGGAUCUUCAGUUUCAGUUUAAAAUAGCCCAGGACGGUUUACUUACAGUUGGAAAGAGUGUAGAGGGAGCUUUACUCUGUAUCUAACCCCCUGUCCCUGGGAGUGGGGGGACAGUGUAGAGGGAGCUUUACUCUGUAUCUAACCCCCUGUCCCUGGGAGUGGGGGACAGUGUACAGGGAGCUUUACUCUGUAUCUAACCCCCUGUCCCCGGGAGUGGGGGACAGUGUACAGGGAGCUUUACUCUGUAUCUAACCCCCUGUCCCUGGGAGUGGGGGGACAGUGUAGAGGAAGCUUUACCUAAUUUGCCACGGUAGGGAGGUGAUAAGCACCGACUGAGAAACGCUGUCUGCUGUCGGUUGCCAGACGGCUCUGAGUGAUGAACCCUGAGUCCUUGCCUUUUGAUGAAUGUCUGAGACUGCGGGUUGUUGAGGGAUCCCUGUUUAAAUGGUUGUGUUUGUGUAUAAUCUGUAACUGUUAAAACAUUCUGGGUUAUUGAUAAUGUCUGUCAGCAUAUUCCCAGCAGGACUUGUCUGUGCAAUGUAUGUGUGUAAUAUAUAUUAUGUAUAUAUACCUUGGCAUAAUAUUAAAGAUUAUUCCCUCAUGUCAGGCGAA